AAGAUAAACGCAAUUCUGUAUUCGAGGAUGCUCAUUUGAACACGAGACUUGAAGCAGAAGACAGGUCGAACCGAAACUCUAGUAUCAGUAUAAAAAAUAAAUUAAAAAUGCGCAUAUGUUGCAAUGUGAGAAAUAAAAAGCAGAAGAAAUCUUGAGUUGUAGGUGGGGGACGUUUUUCGUACAAAUGCGCGUAUAUUCUUUACAAUAUGAUACCUUUGUAUUACCUUCUUCCAUCCGUACGGCAACAUUAUUGACCUCAGUAAGUUCCUGCUUUCGGUUCAAUUGGAUAUUAUAAGUGCACAUUUAUCUGUUGCUAUGGUAAUGUGCCAGCCUAUUAGAAACCUAUGGAGCACCGCCCCCCCCACCACCGUUUUCCUACUGUGUCUUCUGUCAUUGUCUGUCACUUUUAUUGGCUUUGGGCUCUACGCCCAAUCAUAUGAAGUCAGAAAUCCUGAUGUAGUCCAAGACUGGAACAAGAUCCUUGGCGCUCUGUCCCAGCUGCAGUUGUGUGUCUCAGAGAAUGGCACAGAUGGGCACACCCCCCUGCUAGACAAGGGACAAACACACGCUUCUUCUCCCAUGAUUGGCCACGAUGCAGCUGACAGACAGAUGUUAAACUCCUCCCACUCUUCAGAUGAUUUAGACAGCCUGACCCUGCUCGUCCCCUUGACCCUUGACCUUGCCUGGCCCUCAGCAAGGCUGAGCACUGGCCCGGUCAGCCUCAGGGUCUUGGUGUUGGGGAGCCAGUUGGAUCUUAAGGGCGUGGCGGGAAAGAAGUCCCUCAAUCUGACACUGAUGUCUACCUGGCAGCCAUUAAGAAACGGGUCGGACCCUGAGCAGGGGCACACCUGCAUCACCGUCACAGCACCUGCACACAUGCUGCCAGGCACCCCCCUUCCUGGUGCGUGUGAAGUCGGUAGAGGCAGUGAUCCUACCCUGGGAGCAGUGGCCUCAGCCCUGAGCAGGGAGCAACCCCAGCACACGCUGGGGUGUUACAGCAUCAAGUACACACCUGACCCCAGACUCACAGUCAUGUUGUCACCGGAGGAAAGAUACCUGGCAGGGCAGCAUUUGAUCAUCGUCGGUGUCUUUCUGCUGUCUCUGUGUGGGCUGCUCUGUCUUGCAGCUGCUUUUUGUUGUGUGAAAUCGCGAAGGCAGAAGAGCAAUGAGCUCCAUGUGCAAAAGGAACCUUUGAUCGAUUCCUAAGUUCCACCAGCAGCAGAUUGUGUAACCAGUCUUUUAAGGAGGCCGGGGUAGCUCACCCAAUGAAGAGCGGUCCUUUUUAGAUUGAUUUGAUUGUUACUGUUGGGGAUCAUCUGGAAUGGGUAGAUUUACUUGAAUUUGAUUGGGCGCCAUGCAGAAAGGAUUUUCAUCUGCAACCUUUGAAGCAGUGGGCUUCUGUCCUGUUAUAAUUUCAAGUGACCCCUUUAUGAAACAGGUAGUGCUGAUAUGCAAUAUUGUAGCACAUACAAUGUGAUUUUUAACAUGCCCUUUUAAAAAUGUAGAACCAAACUGAAAGAUAUUCAGCAUGACAUGUCCCUGUGAAAUUGUUGUAUUUUAAUUAUAUUUCUGAAGUGGAACCUCUUAAGAUCACAGACAAUGGAUAUUCUAGAGCCCUGAAGGGGGUGGUCCUAACAUCCUGUUUCCCAUGGUUUGGUGCCUCCAUCUGCUGAGUUGCAUUGCUUUGCUGAGACUAUUUUUUUUGCACAGUACUAGCUUCUGAUUGUGUACUUGCUCUUAAUGUUUUUCUAGAUUUUUUUCAUAGGAUCGUCAAGCGUUAUCCAACCUUUUUGACGAAAUAGCCAUGCCAACAACCAAUAGCCUCUUAAAGAGAUGGGAAAUCACAAUUGAAUACAAUGUAAAGACUGUAACCUUAAAUAGAUUCAGUUUACUAAAAUGAAGACUGAUAAAAUAGUAGCAAAUACAUUGGAAAAAAAAAGUAAGGUUUGUUGCAAUCAGACAGCCAUAUAUACUUGUGUGUCCUUUUGGAACCCAUUAACAGCCUUUGAACAGGAUAUUUCCCCUCUAAAAGAGCCAUAUUUGCAUUUGGAGAACCCCGAGAUGCUCACUUGCAUUAGAGGAAAAUUAAAGAGAUGGGUGAACAAUUUAAAGUGCGACUCCCAUGUAUCCUAUUAUGAGGCAAGCCAAGGUCAAAAGAAUACUCAUUAUGAACUGCCACCUUCUCAGGAAGUUGGGUUCUUUCAGAUGUAGGAAUUUGAGACAGGGAUGGUAAAUAUGGUGCUCUGGAAGGUAGUAUUUAAUAGUUAUUUAUUAUGUAAUUUAAACAGAAAUGUUGUUUUUUAAACAAGCCUGCUGAAGAUGGUGAUUGAAGGCAUCUUCCAUAGUUCUUUACAAUCUGUUUAUUGUAGCGCACAGGGAUGCUGUGGUCCUCGGGAGUUGGAGUGCAGUUACACUUUAUAUGUAAUUUUUGAUCUAAUUGUAUUUGGUUUAACAUGUUUCAAAACUGAAUUUACACUUCUUUAUUUUAUCAGUAAUAUUAACAUGUUAUAUGUAGUGUUGUUGUGUGUCAUGAAUUGUGUGUAGCUGUUGGCUCAUUCUUACUGGGUGGGCUGUAGUUCAGCAGUACAGGCACUGCAAUAAUCUCCAAAAGGCUGCCAGUUAAUCUGUCUUGAUCAGAAAGUUGAGUUCUGUUCUGUUGAGUGUAGCGCUUUGAUCUUCACUCAUUUUAAUAGGGUGAAAUCUUUAAAAUGAUAAAGUCCCCCACAAUUCCAAAAGUUAAGGAGAAUCCUUUAUAAAUUUGGUAGGGAAACACAGAAAAUAUACCUGAGCUUGCAAGCUGUUAGAAUCCAGUCUCCACCAGAUAAUUAAGGGUGCUAAAGUUUUAGCAAAUGUGUGUGGACUGCCCAUAGGUCAAUACAAGCAUUUAUUGACAUAAAUUGGGCCAAAUUAUGUGGAUUUAUAAUAUAUAUAUAUGUACAGAGAUUUCCAAACUUUGUAUUUCACAUGUGACCCAAAACAACUCCCAUUUCACACUAAAACUGACCCUGUUCCUCUGGGAGGAAGAUGCAACAGCUGUAAUAAACCACACUUAAAAUUA